AUGGGUGUCAAGGGACUCCUACCACAGUUGAAGGAGAUCCAGGAGGGUUUGACGUUAGAGAGGUUCAGAGGGAAGACUUUGGCUAUAGAUUCAUAUGCUUGGUUACAUAGAAGUGUGUUUUCGUGCUCAUGGGAGUUGGCUCAAGAUAUGGAAACUACGAAAUAUCUUUCGUUUUUCAAAAAGAAAGUGAUGAUGUUGAAACAUUUUGGUAUUGAACCAUACUUUGUAUUUGACGGUGACCACUUUGAAAGUAAAAAUGAUACUGAAAUUGAAAGAGAACAAAAUAGAAUAAGGAAUAAAGAGAAAGGUCUAGAGAUGUUACAAAAUGGGAAUAGGAAACUUGCUGGUGAGUUUUUCAUGAAGAGUAUUGAUGUCACUCCUUCAAUGGCUAAAUCAAUUAUUGAGUAUUUGAAAUCGGAAAACAUGAAAUAUGUUGUCGCGCCAUAUGAAGCAGAUCCACAACUUGUUUAUCUUGAAAAAUUGGGUCUUGUUGAUGGGAUUAUAAGUGAAGAUUCUGAUCUUUUGAUCUUUGGUGCCAGAUGCUUGUUGACCAAGCUUAAUGACUUUGGUGAAUGUGUUGAGAUUAGACGUGAGAAUUUCAAAAAAUGUAAAGCGGUUCCAAUUGGAUUGAUGAAUGAGUCCAAAUUGAGAAUGGUUGCUUGUUUGAGUGGGUGUGAUUAUACUAAUGGGAUACCUGGGAUUGGGAUAGUGAAAGCUUUUAGACUUGUCAAGAGACAUAGUAAUAUUUCAAAGUGCAUUAUGAGUUUGAAAUUAGAGGGAAAGACACCAGUACCAGCUGAAUUUGAAAUGGAAUACAAGAAAGCUGAUGUAUCAUUUCAAUAUCAAAGAGUUUUCAAUCCAAUAACCAAUGAGAUUUCCACAUUGAACGAGGUUCCAUCUCAAAUUGAUGAAGUAUUAUUACUUGAAUGCAUCGGUAAAUUA